AUGCCAGGGAAUGAUAUAGAUAUUUACAUGCAACCAUUGAUUAAAGAGUUAAAUGAGUUGUGGAGUUUUGGAAUAGAAACAUUUGAUGCUUCACAGGGUCAGUUUUUUAAACUACAUGCAGCUCUAAUGUGGACCAUUAGUGAUUUUCCUGGGCUAGGUAACUUAUCUGGGUGGAAUACACAUACAGGGCUAGCAUGCCCCUCAUGCAACUUUGAUUUUUUGCCAAAUCGCCUUCCACAUAGUAGGAAGUGGUGUUUUAUGGGUCAUCGUCGGUUCUUAGGGUCUUCUCAUCGGUAUAGACAUCACAACUCUAAAUUUGAUGGAACCAAAGAUUUGAGAAGUCCGCCAAAGAUGUUGUCAGGUUCAGAUGUUUUGAAUCAGCUUGCAGAUAUCAAUAUUACAUUUGGGAAAAACCUAGAAAUGACUGAGAAGGGGAAAAGAUCACGAGUGAGAAGAGUUGAAGAUGGUGAUACGCAACAAUGGAAGAAGAGAAGUAUAUUUUUCCAACUCCCUUAUUGGGAAUUCAAUUUGUUGCGCCACAACCUUGAUGUCAUGCAUAUUGAAAAAAAUGUUUUUGACAAUGUGUUGUUUACUUUGCUAAAUGACUCUGCAAGAUCAAAAGAUAAUCUAAAUGCUCGAAUGGAUUUAGUGUCAAUGGGUAUAAGAGAUGACCUUUGGCCUAAUGAAAAUGGAAAAUACUCUCUAAGUUGUUUUACAAUGACAAAUAUAGAAAAAGAUGUAUUUCUUGCAACACUAAAGAGUGUAUUACUGCCAGAUGGUUACUCAAGUAAUAUUUCAAGAUGUGUUGAUUUGAAGAAUCGCAAGAUACAUGGAUUGAAAAGUCAUGAUUGUCACAUUCUUAUGGAACAUCUAUUGCCAAUUGCCAUACGUAAUCUAUUACCAGAUCAAGUUUGUAUGGUUUUGGUAGAAUUGGGUUCUUUUUUCAGACAAAUAUGUAGUAGAGUAUUAAAUGUCAAAGAGCUUGAUAACCUUCAAAGUCGACUUGUGCUAACAUUAUGCCAUAUGGAAAUGAUAUUUCCACCAUCAUUUUUCACAGUAAUGGUGCAUUUAGUUGUUCACCUUGUUGAUGAGGUUAAGCUUGGAGGUCCUGUUCCAUACCGAUGGAUGUACAGCAUUGAGAGGUACUUAGGACAUUUAAAGUCUUUUGUACGCAACCGAGCAAACCCAGAAGGUUCAAUAGCUGAAGGUUAUAUUGCUGAAGAAUGUCUUACAUUUUGCUCAAGGUAUUUAGAAGGGGUUGAAACAAGGUUUAACCGAUCUAGGCGUGUUGAUGAUGUGCCAUUUUAUGCUGAAAAUAUUCAAAGCAAUAUCUUCAAACAAAUUGGUCGACCAAUCCUAAAUAAUGACAAUCAAGAGCAAGUGCCAGAUGACAUUAUGUUUUUAGCAAGAGGUCCACUUACUCAUGCUAGAAGAUUUUCUUCGUAUAACAUUAAUGGUUUAAGAUUUCGAACAGUGAACCGAGAAGAAGGACUGAAGUCUCAAAAUAGUGGAGUAUUGUUAUUGCUGGAACUCCAAGUGUUGCAAUGUAUAUGGGCUGAUACGACUACUCCAAGAGGGACAAGAAUAGAUCAUUAUGCUUCACCGAAGUUAACUUCUCUAGAACAAUACAUGUUUGGAGAUAGUAUAGAUGAUGAACCAUAUGUGUUAGCUGAACAAGCUCAGAUGGUGUUUUAUGUCACUAAUGAGUUGGAGAAAGAUUGGAAUACAAUAUUUUUCUAUCAAGAAAGCAAGAAGAGUGUGAAGCUUGGGGACUUUGGGCUGUGUAGGGAGGGUCUGGAAGGUGAUUUUUCUGCUGAUGUUGGAAGCUUUCCUGGAUGGCUCCUGAG